GGGAGAAGCUGCCACGAAAGCACACUCCUCACUCCUCACAGCGCCAUAACACGAUGCGCAAAUCACUGUGGCUGUUUGCGCUCCUGCCGCUGCUCACUCUGCGGACUUUUUGCGCCAGUGCGGAUGAAGCCGAGGUGAAAAUAGACGUCGUGUUUCGACCGCUGGAGUGCGCGCAGAGGAGUAAGAAAGGAGACCUGAUGAACGUGCACUACGACGGCUUUCUGCAGGACGGGACUCAGUUCUACUGCAGCCGUUCGGACAAAGCCGGACACCCUCAGUGGAUGGUGGUGGGAGUGGGUCAGGUGAUCCGAGGUUUGGAUGCCGGAAUGUUGGACAUGUGCGCGGGAGAGAAGCGCAAAAUCACCGUCCCCCCAGAGCUCGCGUUUGGAACCCAGGGAAAAGCCCCGGUGCCUCCAAACGCCACAGUGAUCUUCGAGGUUGAAGCGUUGGCCGUGUCCCGGGGCCCUCGCAGCGUGGAGGCCUUCAGCAACAUGGACCAAAAUAAAGACCGAAAACUCACCAAAGACGAGGUGAAAGAGUACCUAAAACAGGACUACACCAAAGUGGGAAACCCUCGAGACGACGCGUUUUACCAGAAAAUCAUGGAGGACAUUUUUAUGAAGAACGACCACAACCGCGACGGACAGAUCAGCGCCAAAGAAUACAAUAUAUAUGAGCACGACGAACUGUAGCGUCCACAUGAAACACGCCUUUAAAGCACAUAUGACAACCAGGGGAACGGGGACCCCCUGGGGUACUCGACCACUUACUGCGGGGACUUGGAAUACGUUCACAUACAAAAAGUCAAUUAGAAUCAAAUGUGAAAUCUUUAAGAAUCUUGUAGGAUUUGGGACGUCAGUAUCAUGAAAACGAGGAAGUAUAAAUGUACACAUUGACAAGAUACUACUGUAGUGAAUACAUGUAUGUAGCCGGGUCAAAUAAAACAAAACCUAACUUCACAAGUAGUAGUUGCAAUUUUCGGCCUAGCCACUAGAUGUCACUGUACUAUGUGGGUCAUGCAAUAGUCACUUGAAGUCGCUCGCGUGAUGUCAUCAAAGGCAGACAGCCAAGUGCCUCAAUGAGAACCUGACAGAAAACGGUGCGUGUGAGGAGUAAAAAUUUGUAGAACCAAGGACUGAGAUUCAAAUUUUCCAUCCUGUGAAAAGUGUAACGGUUCACGUAACGGAAAGACGGAGCUGUGUGACGGCG